AUCUUCAGUUUUUUGUUCUUAAGAAACAAAAACCGUGCAAUAAAAAUUAAAUUAAAUAAAAAAUUGAAGAAAAAAAAGAAAGAGCUUCCGCUUCGUGUAUGUGACUAUGUCUCUGUGUGGACUCUGAGAAGAGAUUAAGCUAAACGCGAUUUCGAAACCGUAAGCACUUUUGGAUCUCAUUUUCAAUUUCAUUUUCAUUUGAAUCGCUUUUCGAAUCCUAAAUGCCGAUGAAUUUAGAUCCGGUUACGUGAUUCCGUAAAUUCUUUUUUUUUCUACUGUGAAUUACUGAAAGGAAGAAGAUAAGAAAGCCCUUUUUAUUGAAUGUGAAUUGUGGAAUUUUUGGGUGUUUUGAUCAAGGAAAUUCAAAAUUCAGCGACCGGGUUCAGGGGGUGACUUGCCCCAAGGAGGUGAGUACAGCCCUUAUCCUGUUGUACGGAGAGUGAAUUCAACCCAUUCUAUAAUGAUGGAUGAAGAUAUGGAGAGUGGUGCUUUGGGUUCUUAUCAUGACAGACCAAGAACUUUUCCUAAUAUGCGUACUAAAGCUUACACACCUCUGCUAUUUCGUAUUCUACUGGGUAUAAAUGUUCGUGUUCUGGUCGUUCUUUUACUGCUGGGGUUUGGAGCUAUCUUUUACGUGGGUGCAAGAACAUCUCCAAUUAUUGUGUUUGUCAUCUCUGUUUGUAUUCUCAGCUUCCUUGUGGCAAUAUAUCUUAUGAAGUGGGUGCUUGCUAAAGAUGAGGGUCCUCCUGAAAUGGUUCAGAUAGCUGAUGCUAUACGAGAUGGAGCUGAAGGAUUUAUCAAGACCCAGUAUGGAACUAUAUCCAAGAUGGCUAUGGUGCUUGCUCUUGUCAUUCUUGGCAUAUAUUUGUUUCGCCGCAUAACUCCUCAACAGGAAGCUUCUGGCAUAGGAAGGACAACAUCUGCAUGCAUCACUGUAGCUUCUUUCCUUUUAGGUGCCCUUUGUUCAGGAUCUGCUGGAUAUGUAGGGAUGUGGGUCUCAGUUCGCGCCAAUGUCAGAGUCUCUAGUGCCGCGAGACGGUCUGCAAGAGAGGCAUUGCAGGUAGCUACUCGUGCAGGUGGUUUAUCAGCUAUCAUUGUUGUUGGUAUGGCUGUAAUUGGUAUAGCAGUCCUUUAUGCCACAUUUUAUGUUUGGCUGGGAGUGGACACACCGGGUUCAAUGAAGGUUACUGAUUUGCCACUUCUUCUAGUUGGAUAUGGAUUUGGUGCUUCCUUUGUCGCACUGUUUGCUCAGUUGGGUGGUGGAAUAUACACUAAAGCAGCGGAUGUUGGGGCAGACCUUGUCGGAAAAGUAGAACAGGGAAUACCUGAAGAUGACCCUAGAAAUCCUGCUGUUAUUGCUGAUCUGGUUGGAGACAAUGUGGGAGAUUGUGCUGCCAGAGGUGCUGAUCUUUUUGAAAGUAUUGCAGCUGAAAUAAUCAGUGCCAUGAUACUUGGGGGAACAAUGGCACAAAGGUGUAAAAUCGAAGAUCCAUCUGGCUUCAUCUUGUUUCCUCUUGUUGUUCAUUCAUUUGAUCUGAUAGUUUCAUCGGUGGGAAUAUUUUCUAUUCGGGGUACACGUGAAUCUGGAGUAAUGGCUCCUAUGGAAGAUCCUAUGGCAAUUCUUCAGAAAGGAUAUUCUGUUACAAUAGUUUUAGCUGUUCUGGCAUUUGGUCUGUCUACCCGGUGGUUACUUUAUGUUGAGCAAGCACCUUCAGCAUGGUUCAACUUUGCUUUGUGCGGGUUGAUUGGUAUUAUUACAGCAUACAUUUUUGUCUGGAUCACCAAGUAUUAUACCGACUACAAGCAUGAGCCUGUACGCACAUUAGCCCUUUCUAGCUCUACUGGCCAUGGGACUAACAUAAUUGCUGGGGUCAGUUUGGGGCUGGAAUCUACUGGUCUUCCAGUCCUUGUCAUCAGUGUGGCGAUUGUCUCAGCGUACUGGCUGGGCCAGACUGCUGGACUAAUAGAUGAAACAGGAAACCCAACUGGCGGGCUGUUUGGCACAGCUGUAGCAACAAUGGGAAUGCUUAGCACUGCUGCCUAUAUUCUUACCAUGGAUAUGUUUGGCCCAAUAGCUGAUAAUGCUGGAGGAAUUGUAGAAAUGAGCCAGCAGCCUGAAAGUGUCCGAGAGAUCACUGAUGUCCUUGAUGCCGUGGGUAACACAACCAAAGCCACCACCAAAGGCUUUGCCAUUGGCUCUGCUGCGCUUGCUUCUUUCCUUCUGUUUAGUGCUUAUAUGGAUGAGGUUUCUUCAUUUUCUCUCGAACCUUUUAAACAGGUUGAUAUUGCAAUUCCAGAAGUUUUUGUUGGUGGGUUGCUGGGUGCCAUGCUUAUAUUUGUCUUUAGUGCUUGGGCUUGUGCUGCUGUUGGCCGAACUGCGCAAGAGGUUGUUAAUGAAGUAAGAAGGCAAUUUAUUGAAAGGCCUGGUAUAAUGGAUUACAAGGAGAAACCAGAUUAUGCUCGCUGUGUUGCAAUUGUAGCAUCUGCAUCAUUAAGAGAGAUGAUAAAACCUGGUGCUUUGGCAAUCAUUUCACCUAUUGUAGUUGGUUUUCUAUUCCGAAUUUUGGGCUACUAUACAGGGCAACCCUUACUCGGAGCUAAAGUUGUUGCUUCUUUUCUGAUGUUUGCAACAGUGUCUGGUAUUCUUAUGGCACUUUUCCUGAACACAUCUGGUGGUGCCUGGGAUAAUGCAAAGAAGUACAUAGAGACUGGAGCUCUUGGAGGCAAGGGAAGUGAUGCUCACAAAGCAGCAAUAACAGGAGAUACAGUGGGAGACCCAUUCAAAGACACGGCCGGGCCUUCACUUCAUGUCCUUAUAAAGAUGCUCUCAACGAUUACGCUGGUAAUGGCUCCCAUCUUCCUGUGAGAGUUGUUGAUAUCGCCAUUAUGGCCUUGAAAAAGCAUACUUGUGCCAAUUUGAUUUUGAUAUUUUUGGGAGAAUAGGGAUAGGUUGUAUGAAUCUAUUAUGUAUAUCGAAGAGCCUGAUUUAUAGCCACAGUGAGUUUUCUUGUUCUUGAUCAGAAUAAGAGAUGUUAGUUGACCAAUUAAAUGGCAAAUAUAGAUAAUGUCCCUCUUA